CGCAAUCAACUCCCCUCACGACGCUCGCAAUGCUAGGCUGUCGCGCUUUACUCUGCCAAUUUCCUUCUGCCCACAAUUGAUACUGCAUUUUUAAGCUAAAGAGGUGACGCUCACCCUUGCCGGCAUGGUGUCCUCACACAAUGCAGGCGCGGGAUCGAGCGCAUACAGCCCAGCAGGAGGGGCAAGGGAUCAGGAGGUGCACAUCGUGCUACCUCGAGCACUACACAACUUGCCCGUCGCCCUACAAUACCUUCUGACUCGGAUAUUGGCAGCCGCAACGCGACUCGAAACGUCCACAUCCAUUCCCCUCACCAUUUCUCGUCUACGAACCUGGAAGGCUACACGUGGAGAGCGGAUCAAGUACAGCUUCUUGACAGGCUUGGCGCUGGGAAGUCUGUACAUCAUGAAAGUCCCUUCUAUGCCUCUGAAACUCUUUCUUCCAGCCAGCUACAUCCUCGCGCUUCUGCUUCCAAUCUCUUCUCAAUUCAUCCUACCAGCGACACCCAUCCUCGCUUGGCUGCUCUUCUACUAUUCCUCUCAAUUCUUGGAUCCGGCUUCGAGACCCCACAUUUGGGUGUCAGUCUUGCCCACGCUCGAGACCAUCUGGUACGGCGCCUCAAUUUCGGACAUAUUGACCAGGUUCGGUCAUCCAGCCCUCGACAUUCUGGCUUGGCUGCCCUAUGGUGUCGUACACUUUGUGGCACCCUUUGUGGUCGCUGCGCUCCUUUUCGUUUUUGCACCACCGACCGCUACCAAAGUGUUCGGAAACGCUUUUGGAUUUUUGAAUCUGCUGGGUGUGCUCGUUCAAGUGGGAUUCCCGUGUGCUCCUCCCUGGUACGAGCUGAGAGAAGGCCUCACACCGGCCAACUAUGGCAUGAAAGGGUCUCCGGCCGGUCUAGCCCGCAUCGACGAGCUAUUCGGAGGGCAUGGCUACACCCUGACUUUUACCAACGCGCCUGUUCCAUUUGGUGCUUUCCCUUCACUACAUGCUGGCUGCGCAACCAUGGAAGCCCUCUUUCUCAGCUACUUCUUCCCUGUGCAGCUCGGAAUUCCAAUUCCUGGAACUGGAACAAGGAGUGCAAGGAAGGUGCUCAGACUCGAUGCAAGGAUCGUCUACUGGAGCUAUGCUGCUUGGCUCUAUUGGUGCACCAUGUACCUGAUGCAUCAUUACCUUGUCGAUCUCGUUGGCGGAGGCUGCCUGGCCACAGCUUGUUUCUAUUUCUUCCUCACGCCCGAGAUGAGGUUCGCCAUGGAAGCCAAUUUCAGCGGUGCGAGACCUUCCGCAGCUGUCUCAACAUCCACAGCUCUUCCAGCGGCCACGAUCCCAGAUGAUGGCUUCGGUAUGAGACCAAGCAUUGAAGUCGCUCGCGCCAGGCCGAGCUUCGACAAAUGGAGGGAAAGUGAGGAGCAGAAUCUGGCUGGGCAGAAUCCCAGAGGCGGCCAUGCCAGAAAAGCUGAAAAUGGCAUCACAGACGCUGUCGAAUUGAGCAAUCUCGCCAGCGAGAGGGAGAGGAAACAGGGCGGCAGCCUCAACGCAAAAGGAAAGGAGAACGUACUCUUCGAAGCUGCUCAUGAGGAGAACCGCAGCGUCGGAGCAUCCAGGCGGCGCAACGACGACAACGACGACGACGAUGAUUGGGGACACGAGUUGGAUGAUGACAAAUCGUCACAAGCACCGAGAGGUCGGUGAUAAGAUAAGGCCUCCGCGCCUCGCACGUUGGGCCGCCGGUCCGAACAUCAACUACAUACUUAUUCCCAGCACUUGUCAAGUGCGUGCUUACCAAUGCUCAUUCAUACCUGCAAUGCGAGCAGCGUCGGUCAGAUCCACAGUGGGCGCGCAUCCUCCAAGGCUUUGUUUGGACUUUGCGGGCUACGUUAAUGAGUAGAGAACAUGAAGUGGCAUGCGUCAUUGCUUUGGAUCACGCGUACAAUUACACCUACGAUUUCGGCUUGAACGUGCUACCGCGAGCGAGAACCUCAAGCAGCUGUGGGAUGACUUCCCGCGCGCUUCUCCAUCGCAAGCAUGAUUUGCGCCAACUUGUCGGCUUUGGCGCCGGGAUCAGAUCCCACAGAGAAGACAGACAAGGACUCGACGUCUGGAUGCGACGCGCUCGAAGG